AUGCCAGCUGAAGAACUUCCGGAGAUCUUCGCUUUCUUUGAUACGAUUGGAGAUGGAAAGGUCUACGUCGAUCAGCUUGGCAAUGUACUACGCGCUGCUGGUUUGACCCCUACGGAGGCUAUUCUCGAAACAAUGUCAAAACCAUGGGCCGGUAAUAAAGAAGUCCGUUUGACCGUCGAAGACGUCAAGCCGAUCUAUUCGAAUGUGAAGAAGGAGAUGGGCAACGAUGUCCUUUUUGAGACGAUGCAUGCUUGCCUAUCUCACUAUGAUCGUGAGGGAAAUGGCACGAUCUCACAUGCUGAUCUGCGCCAUCUGCUAGUGUCGUCAGGCGAAAAGAUGAGCGAACGAGAGGCUGACUUAGUCACGAGCAGCUUCUUCGUCCCCGAUGGCAACAAUGUUGACAUCACCGAGUUUGUCAAGCAUAUUCAGGCCCUU